AUUUCUUCUCCCAACAAACUCAAAGCGAAACUUUACUGCUUCGUUUCUUCAACAGCGCACAGCCGCUCUUGUACGGCAUCUCAUAAAGCGAAGCCCUGGAUUUUUCUAGUAGCAACCAGAUUUUCCAUCUUUCUCUCAGAAACAUCCACCCGUUCUCGUCGAGCCAGUUGCCUCGAUCGCAGCCGACGUAGCCUCGAUAGAUCGUCUUGAACCUCUUGCGCUCUUGCGCCGGGUCAGUGUGGCUUCUCGCUGAGCCAGAGCGACGACAAUCAUUCAACAAAUUCUCGACAAUUUCGUCAAAACCACUCCUUGGUCGUGUUUGCGCAAGAUCCAACUCGAAUUUCAAGGAUCUGAGCUCGAUCCGAUACGGGCAUCAUCAGCGGCGCCGCGCGGACUUGAUAUCCUUCCCUUUCAAUCGAAUCCACGCCGAACAUCCAAAUUUCAACAUCCCUGUGGGAUACAGCUAUGGCUCCCCGCGGAAAGAAUCAACCGGCUCGAGAAGCCCGAAAUCCUCUGGGCACAAAGUCAAGUUCUAGAGGUGGCAUUCAGAAGAGAAGAGGUCCAACUAAGACCGACAACGAUGGAGAUCUUGACAUGGACGCGCCUUCCAAGCGACUAAACAGAGGUUCUACAAAUGAGCCAAGUGGUAGAGGACGGCCUUCAGGAAGAGGCCCGUCGCGAGGAGCUGCAAAGGUAGCUCAAAUCGUAAUGAAGCAACUAGGUAGCGGCAACUCCUCGGACCUAUCAGCUCGGAUCUCACGGCCAACUAGAUCACGAGGAGGUUUUAUUGAAGGGCUUACCUGGUUGAGGAUCCACGGUCUCAAACAAAGCAAGGCUGCGUCCAACCCAGACGGGGGUCUCUCUGACCUGCUUAGCUUCAUGGAGAGGAAAGCCUCUUCCCUUUCAACUGGACGAAGACGACACACGAUUAGAAAAUCACAUAGAGCUGGAGACUACGUUUUCAUUGGAGCAAACAAGGAGGAUGCGGAUGAAUUUCUCAAGAUCAACGCUCUUACAUUUGCUGGUACUAAGCUGGAGGUAGUAGAGUCUAACGAGGAUUUUGCGCCUCCCAAAAAGGCGACGGAAUCGCCAGAGACUGCAGAGUUGCGCUCAAAGCUGCAAGCUAUCCUCAGCCAGCGCUACAUUGGUGACAACAAACUACUCAAGCUCGAUGCUCUUGCAUCUGAUGCGGAGCUAGUAACCCUGGGCAUGUUUGAAACUCGAGAACGGGCCCUAAAGACUUUCAAGGGCCUCAUGGCUAUCUGCGAUGGUCUUUUCAAGACACCGCAGGAAAAGAAGGACGCUAUUGAAAGCAUCAGUCUUGCUAAUAACAGCAUUGACGAUGUUAUUCAAGUGGAGUCUGUGGCAUCAUCCUUUCCACAGCUAAAGAACCUUGACAUGAGUGGCAAUCAAAUUAGCAAUAUGGAGGGACUCAAGCGAUGGAAGGGGAAAUUCAAAGAGCUCGAGACCUUAUAUACAACGGGGAACCCGAUCGAGGGUGCGGACGCCAACUUCCAAGCGACUUUGCUGGAAUGGUUUCCCAAAUUACGAAUUAUUAAUGGGAUUGAACUUCGUACUGCACAGCAGAUUGCCGAGCAGGAGGCCGCCCGUCAGCCAAAACCGAUCCCACAGAGCGGACCUGAUUUCCGGGAUGUCAACGGCAUUGGCGAGCAAUUCCUACUCGAUUUUUUUGCAGCCUAUGACAGCAAUCGCGAGGCACUUACAUCCAGACUAUACGACGCUGGCAGCCAAUUUUCCCUGGCCGUUGACGCCGUCUCUGUCAGGGACCCGAACGCACCACCUCCUUUACCUUGGGCAGCCUACAUCAAAUCAUCUCGCAACCUCCAGAAAAUCACGACUUUACAUGCCCGAUCACAACGACUAUUCAAAGGCGCAAACGCUAUUUACAACUUAUGGAGAGACCUUCCCAUGACUAAGCAUCCCAAUAUGAAGGAUGAGCUAAGUAAAUACAUUAUGGACUGUCACCCACUGCCAGGCUUGGCGGACCCCACGGGCCAAAGCCAGUUGGGUGUGGACGGCCUGAUCAUUGCCGUUCAUGGCGAAUUCGAGGAAUACGACCAAAAAUCAGGACUUACUGGCAAGCGAAGCUUCUCUCGUACCUUUGUGCUGGCGCCGGGCCUAUCCGGGUCCGCUCAGAUUCGGGUCGUCAGCGACAUGCUCUCCUUAAGAGCAUACAGCCCCCUUCCGAACGUAUUCGUAGCACCAUCAUCGGCCCCUGCGGAUACAGCAAAUCAACAUCAAGCAAUGAUCGCCGAGCUGUCAAAGCAGACAGGCAUGGUGCCGCAAUACUCGGAGAUGUGUCUGUCACAGGUCGAAUGGGACUUUGGCAAAGCUUUGGUCAUCUUCAACGAGAAGAAGUCACAACUACCACCAGAAGCAUUUGCCUCAGCCACCUAGAAGGGCUGUUUCAAGUCAUUCUGCAUUUGGCAAUACCCACACUGAGCGGUUAGAUAGAAUAGAUUGGCAGGAGAAAUGGGGCUUGUAUGGAGCUUUUUGUCGUUUAUAGGGUCGGGUAUUUAUAGAGAUUGGUACUGUUUGGAGGUAAGGGGCUUCGUGUAUUACGUGUACGGAAAAGGGAGGGGAGGGAGAGGAGGGAUGACCAAAAAAAGGUCCAUAAUAGUUGCGGGCAAAAGAAAACAAGAAAUACCUGCAUGGUGAUAAGUCUUUGGGAAUAAAUAGAUGCCACAAAAUCAUUAAAG